AUGAUGUGGUGGUUUCUUCUGAUCGGGCUGGCCUCAGCCGCUGCAACUGCCAGCUCUGCCAGCUCUGCCAGCUUCGAGUCUCGUUGUCAACAUUUUCACAAGGAAAUCCAUCUUCAAAAUGUGCAUGUGCUUUCUACCACUUAUGUCCCCAUCGGAUCCAACAUCCCCAUGGUGUAUAACCCGCCGAUAUGCGGUGGGACCGCUAGCUCAUCGAUCAGCACGAUUCAAUUUUGCCAGGUUGCGCUGAACGUGACCACUUCGGACAAGAGCCAAUUCUUCAUGGAGGCAUGGUUACCUAGCAAUUACACUGGAAGGUUCUUGAGCACAGGGAAUGGAGGGUUGAAUGGCUGCGUAAGUUACGCGGACAUGGUUUAUGCUACUCAGUACGGAUUCGCGACGAUUGGGACCAAUAACGGUCACUUUGGCGACACUGGCCAAUACUUCCUGAACAACCCCGAAGUCAUUGAGGACUUUGCCUACCGCGCCCUGCACACAGGGACAGUGGUGGGGAAAGCACUGACGAAGCUAUUCUAUCCUCAAGGAUACAAGAAUUCAUACUAUCUGGGCUGCUCGACAGGUGGCCGGCAAGGUUGGAAGUCCAUCCAGAGAUUUCCAGACGACUUUGACGGCGUGGUGGCUGGAGCACCGGCCAUCAACUUUGUCAAUCUCUGCAGCUGGGGAUCUCGAUUCCUGAAAAUCACCGGGCCGCCAGGUUCAGAGACAUUCGUGACAAGCGCGCAGUGGUCCGCGGUCCACAAUGAGAUUCUCCGACAAUGCGAUGCUCUCGAUGGCGCCGUCGAUGGAAUCAUCGAGGAUACCGAUCUCUGCCAGCCCGUCUUCGAGACCCUGCUUUGCAAUUCCACGGCUGUGGACAAGACCUCUUGCCUGACGGGUGUGCAGGCCAACACCGUUAACGAGGUGUUCUCCGCCAUGUAUGGCUUGGACGGUAAAUGGCUAUACCCUCGCAUGCAGCCCGGCUCUGAGCUCGCCGCGUCUUUCAUCUACUACAGCGGAAACGGGUUCAAGUACUCAGACGACUGGUACAAAUACGUCGUCUACAACGAUAGCAACUGGGGCCACUCUACCUGGACGCUUGCCGACGCAGCGGCAGCCGCUGCGCAGGAUCCCUUCCAGAUCUCCUCCUUCGACGGGAAUAUCUCCGGUUUCCAAAAGGCAGGCGGCAAGGUUCUGCACUAUCACGGCCUGGAGGAUGCGAUCAUUACCUCGGAUAGCUCCAAGGCGUACUACAAGCAUGUUGCUGAUACCAUGGGUCUCAGUCCCUCGGAGCUGGACCAUUUCUAUCGCUUAUUCCCGAUUAGUGGAAUGGGCCAUUGCUCGCCGGGGACCGGUGCGGCUUCCAUCGGGCAGGGUUCUUCCACCUAUGCCGGCGAUGACCCGCAGGAUAACGUGUUGAUGGCAAUAGUGCAGUGGGUGGAAAAGGGUAUUGCGCCUGAGUAUGUGCGUGGCUCCAAGAUGUCCCGCGAUGGUACGAUAGAUUACCGCCGCAAGCACUGCAAGUAUCCCAAGCGAAAUCGAUACGUGGGGCCUGGCAAGUAUACCGAUGAGAAUGCUUGGAAGUGCGUGUAA